AACUUCAACGACAACGACAUCAAGCACAUCAAGGACAAGCACAAAGCUUUCAUCAGGGACUCAGCAGCACACAUACAAACCCCAAAGCUCAUCACCAGAACAGAUCGAAUCAUGCCAGAAAUACCUAAGGAGAAACUUACGCAUCAGCAGUACCUGGAUGCCAAGACAGAGCUCAGCGAGCUCAUGAACCGCAAGAAGCUGGUUGACCGCAACUUAGCAGGACUCGAGAAUAGCAUCUAUGCAUUUGAGGGUUCUUACUUGGAGGAUACACAGCAUGGGGGCAACAUCAUUCGUGGAUUCGACGGCUAUAUCAACUCGAAGGCUGAUAAGAGUCGAGUCAAGUACUCAGAGUCGGACCGACUCUUCUCUAUGUCCUCGACCACAUUUACAAAGGCGCUGCAAAUCAAAGAGAACCCGGACCAGGAGUCGUCACAGGAUGAAUCAAAACGGCCAUCUUCAGGAUUCUCCAACAAAAGACCCAAUCUCAAGACGUCGUCUUCUUCUUCCAACAUUGCGCCUACUUUGAAUUCUGGUCCCGGAUCAUCAUCCUCGUCCAACCGGAGACUGAUGAAGCAACAAAAGUCCAGUCAGUCUAAGAACUCGGACCAGAGACCUCCGAAAAAAAUGAGGUUGUCAUCCACAGGACGCGAUGGUGAUGGUGACGAGGAUCUAGAUGUGUAGGCAUCCAGUAGUCCUUAAAAAAAAUCAGCUGGAUACCAAUGACAAGCCCAUGAUUGUUGAAUAUGAGUGCCGAAAUAGGGCAGCAGGGCUAGUCAAGGAACGGCAGGACACGUGAAGGGGAUACCCAGUGCCUGCCUUGCUCCAGCUUUGUUUUGCAUUUGCAUGCCCAUAUUGAGGAUUCCGUCCUGAAUUGACACCCAUCUGCAGCCGAUCGACAGUGUCUCUCGAUAAAAUAAUAAACAACUUGUACAUAUGUAAUACGACUGACUUCCUUUGAAAAAAGCGUCUGUCUCUGAACGGUAUUAGCAGAUAGCGGCUUGAACUUCUUAGACUGGGGUUACAAU